AUGGCUGUGGAGGAUUGCCUGCAGCAGCAUGGCUGGUACAUGCUUGCUCAGUCCCAGGCCAGUGCUGACUUCCUGGGCAGCACAUCUGUGAAGACCUUCCCUAGCCGUUGCUCCUCACACCUCUCUCCCCCAGGACCACAGUCUCAAGAAGAGACUCCAGAGUACCUGGUCUCAGUCAUUCUCCAGGACUUGGUCUCCCAGUUGAGAACGUCCUUUAACAGCUCCAACACAGAGGAUGUGGCCAGGGAUAUUGGAGGGAAUUGCCCCAAAGGCUUUGGGGGAGGCUGUAGAAUGACCACCACUGGCCAGCAGGCACCAGUGUGGUCCACUGUGCCAGUGUCCUCACCACUGGGAGUUUUGAGAUCCAGCCGAACAUCUGUGGACCACUCUCUGCUGGUGUGCCUUCGAUCCUCCAACAGCCCCCUCUGCCUCAAGCACCAGGAUUGUCCACAUUUUGGAGAUGUGGAGACUGACGCUCACAAAUGGAGUGAUUUACCGGUGAGUCAGUGGUGGGUGCAGCUAUCAGCCCAGACUCUAAACCUGGGUGCUGAUCAGCUUCCCGGUAGUUUUGGGAAUAUGCAGGAGAGCACUGGCCAAUCUUAUGAAAUCCAACUGCUGGAGAAUCAGAAGUUGGGAGACUUUCAAGAUCUGAACACAAAAUAUGUCAAGAGCAUCAUCCAGGUGGUUUUCCACGACCGCCGACUGCAGUACACAGAGCACCAGCAGCUGGAGGGAUGGCGGCGGAGCCGGCCCGGACACCGAAUCCUGGACAUUGAUAUUCCACCGUCUGUUGGUAUCUUGGACCCCAGGGCCAGCCCGACACAGCUGAAUGCAGUCGAAUUUUUGUGGGACCCUUCAAAGAGAGCCUCUGUAUUCAUUCAGGUGCACUGCAUCAGCACGGAGUUCACCACCAGGAAGCACGGGGGUGAAGGAGUGCCUUUCCGAGUGCAGAUCGAUACAUUUAAGCAGAAUGAGAAUGGGGAGUACACAGAACACUGGCACUCGGCCAGCUGCCAGAUCAAGGUGUUUAAGCGAAAGGGAGCUGACCGGAAACAGAAGACCGACUGGGAAAAGAUGGAGAAAAGAACUGCCCAAGAAAAAGAGAAGUACCAGCCAUCCUACGAGACCACCAUUCUCACAGAGUGCUCCCCGUGGCCUGACAUGGCCUACCAGGUGAACAGCGCCCCAUCUCCAAGCUACAACGGCUCUCCAAAUAGCUUCGGCCUUGGUGAAGGGAACAGCUCUCCGACACACCCGGUGGAGACCCUGCCCCUGAGCAACGAUCACCUGCUCCCAUCAGCCUCCAUCCAGGAUGCCCAGCAGUGGCUCCACCGAAACAGGUUCUCACAGUUCUGUCGGCUGUUCGCCAGUUUAUCAGGUGCUGACUUGCUGAAGAUGUCUCGAGACGAUUUGGUCCAGAUCUGUGGCCCUGCAGAUGGGAUCCGGCUCUUCAAUGCCAUCAAAGGCCGGAAUGUGAGGCCAAAGAGGACCAUUUACGUCUGUCAGGAGCAGGAGCAGAACAGAGCACCCCUGCAGCAGAAGCGGGAUAGUGGGGACAGCAGUCUGUGUGUGUACCAUGCCAUCUUCUUGGAAGAGCUGACCACCUUGGAGCUGGUUGAGAAGAUCGCCAACCUGUACAGCAUCUCCCCGCAGCACAUCCACCGAGUCUACCGGCAGGGCCCCACAGGCAUCCACGUGGUGGUGAGCAACGAGAUGGUGCAGAAUUUCCAAGAUGUCUGUUUUAUCCUCAGUACCUUAAAAGCCGAGAGCAACGAUGGCUACCACAUCAUCCUGAAGUGUGGCCUCCGAGCAGAAGUAGAGUGUGUAAGCCAGAGCCUCCCACUCCCAGCACCGUGGAUUCCUUUGGAUGUAGAACCUGCACCACCGUAAGCUUCGGCCUCACCUGGCAAGCUGUGACUGGGAGGGACUUGGCCCAGUCUGUGGCAGCCAUGGACCAGUAACCAGCGGGAACCUGUGGAUGCGGUCUCUGGCACGCAGAAAGCCAAUGGCUCCUCUCUCCUUCCUCUUGACCUCCAGCUUUUGAGCGGUUCCUUGUUCUUUGCCUGCUAUCCUAAAGAGGCAAAUGGCAGGGCAUCUUCUCUGAAACCCCUCAGUCCCUUGUUGGAGGCUGGUUCACUGGGUAUCUUGGUGCCACUGUAUCCUUCUGACUACUCCCCUGCCUCCAGGGAAAGCCCUGCCUCCCGUCAGCCGUCAUCUUCUCUGGUGACCAGGACUGUUGACUGGGUAACUUGCCACCAUUCUACCUUCACGUUGGUUUCCCUUCUCAGCGGCCCUCAUGAGUGUCUGUCUUUCUGGUUCUUGGAUGGAUCGAUGGGAAUGGGGUUUAUUCUGUGCCUUCUGCUUCUUCCACCUUGACUCUUGUUUCUAAGGACCUGUUGCCAUAAUGCCCAGAGAUGGGCUCACCUGUCUCUGCGUUGGUCAUGUAGACACCACAACGCAUGUGUAGGACCUGCCACACAUACCUAGGUCUACGCCCUUGGGAGGGAGAGGGAGAGGAUGGAGUAACUAUUUUCUGGUACAUUCUCACAAGUGUAAAAGGGAUGAGAACAAAAUGUUUUUUUUUUCUUGAGCUCCUUUCAUAUGAUUUUAUUUCCUCAGCAAUCAUGGGUAAGGAGGACUAGGAAAUGAGCAUCCCACUGUGCAGUCACAUGACCUUGAUAGUCAUGGUAGCGGGCUCUUGUGCGUGGACUUAACCAACUAAGUCUCAUUUAGAGAAGACCUUGAUUAACACUGCCAAACUUUGUCUCUACUGUGAGGGUCCCCAUUUAAAUGUUUAUCUUUUUUCAUUUGAUAGAGGGAGUGUUAGGGCAUUUUGCUUGCACUGGGAUGGUUGGAUCGUCUCUCUUAGUGGCUUGACUAUGGGGAAACUUGAGUACGGGUAAGCUCAGGAAUUUGUCUUUGUCUUGUGUCUGUUUCCUGGGACCCAGUGAUCUACAUACUCUUAGCUAACUUAGGUUUAUCUUCGAAAGCACAGGGAGGCUGUAUGAUCAGCUGAGCAGGAUUUUACAACUUCUAAAGUGGAGCUUUUGGGGAAUAUAGUGUUAGGGUCAAAGAUGAUCAGAACUGGGUAGACCUUGUUUUACAGAUGACACUGAAAGCCGAGAGGGGCAGAGCCACCUGCCCGAUACCACGUAGUGAUAGGGCAGUGAUAGAUAUUUAUCAUAUAAAUCACUUCAGAGGGCAAAAAGGGUGCUUUUGUAAUGAUGAUGUUGGGACGACAGGUGUGGUGUUUCUCUAGAGUAAAGCAGCCUCCUGAUUCCUUUUCUGUCUUGGGGGAGGGUGGGGGAGCAGGUAAUAGCUUUACUGAGAUAAAAUUCACAUAGCAUGCAGUGUACCCAUCUAGAGUAUACUACUCUGUGGUUUUUAGUGAAUUCACAGAAUCAGCACAUUCAGUUUGAGAACAUUUUCCUUCCCCCACCCCCAAAAAGAAACCCUACUCCUUUUAGUGAUCAUCUUCCCUCUCUCCUCACAACUAGCUUGGUCUUAGGCAACCAUGAUCCUCCUUUCCAUACUGAUUUUUUUUAAGAUUUUAUUUACUUAUUCAUGAGAGAUACAGAGAGAGAGGCAGAGACACAGGCAGAGGGAGAAGCAACCUCCUCUAGUGGAGCCUGAUGUGGGACUCAAUCCCGGGACCCUGGGACCAUGCCCUGAGCCAAAGGCAGAUGCUCAACCACUAAGCCACCCAGGCGUCCCUCCAUAUUGAUUUACCUAUUCUGGACCUAUCACGUAAAUGGAAUCACAGUGGCCUUUUGUUGCUGGCUUUGUUUUUUUACUAGCGUAAUGUUUUCUAGGGUCUUCCAUGUUGAACAUGUGUCCACACUUCAAUUCUUUUUAUAGCCGAAUAAUGUUUCAUUCUAUGGCUAUACGUACCAUAUUUUGUUUAACCACUCACCAGUUGAUCGACGUAUGAGUUGUUUCUACUUCUUGGCUAGUAUGACUGAUGCUGCUAUGAACAUAGUUGUACAAGUUUUUACAUACACAUAUGUUUUCAUUUCUUUUGGGUGUAUACCUAGGAGUGGAAUUCCUGGGUCAUA